GACGCCGUUCGGCCUGCUGGCAGCUGCUUCUGAUCAUCAGCGUGUCUGUAAUCUUUCGUCCCACAGAAGAGACACUGAGCAGGAUUCAUCUGAAGGAAGACCGAAUUGAUUUUUUGAGGUCACCGUCUAGAAAAACAAAUACAAUCGGCAGUUCAUCCAUCAAGUACGGCUUUAUCAUGGAAGGAGACCUUUCAUUUUGUCAAGCGGAGUAAUAAAAAGUCAAUUUUUGACAUUAAUCUGAGAAUUAUAUUGACAACAAGUGAUCUGUCUACAAAAAUCCUUGAGUCUAAAGUUCAAUGCUUUAAGAAAAAUACCUUUCAUCCUGCUGAGGUGUCAACAAACCUGCUUGGUCUCUUCACCAACAGUAAAGCAUCAACAGUCUGACUCUGUUCAUUCAGGAUCUUUAACUUCGGGCAUUAAUCACACAAGCGUUCGUCAAAGGGAAGCUUCAGCUGGAGUUCCGAGGUCUCGGAGGCUCUGUGACUUUCAGACCGCCAAGUGUUUUUGGCAACUAAUCCCACAUCCUAAAAGCAGAGCAGAGGAGAAGGGCUUUCGGGUAAACAAGAGUCUGUCAAGUUUCAUCACUAAAUAGCAGAGGCUUUAAUACAUCGGUCGACAGAGAUAGAAACACACACCUGUCAGAUCUCGAACAGACACCUGCUGCUACGCUAAUUGGUUUCAAUAAGGCUCCUCUGACCAGGCAUGGCUGACUGGAGUCUGUUGGGGAACUUUCUAGAAGAAGUCCAGGAGCAUUCAACCUCGGUGGGAAAGGUGUGGCUCACUAUUCUUUUCAUCUUCCGGAUCUUGGUUCUGGGCACAGCUGCUGAAUCCUCGUGGGGCGACGAGCAGGAAGACUUCACCUGUGACACAGAGCAGCCUGGCUGCGAGAACGUUUGUUACGACCGAGCCUUUCCUAUUGCGCACAUACGCUUCUGGGUGCUCCAGAUCGUGUUCGUGUCGACGCCUUCUCUGAUCUACAUGGGGCACGCAAUGCACAGCGUCCGCCUAGAGGAGAAGAGGAGGAAAGAGCAGGAUGAUGAAGGAGCUCAGAGAGAUGGAGAGAAGUACCCAGAAGAUGAUAAAAACAAGGAGGACGAAGGCGGAGGUGGGAAGGUGCGAUUGAAGGGUGCGUUGCUGCAAACAUAUGUCCUCAGCAUCCUCAUCCGCACCGUGAUGGAGGUGAUCUUCAUCAUAAUCCAGUACCUGAUCUAUGGAGUCUUCCUCAGUGCACUCUACGUGUGCAAAGCCCCUCCGUGUCCACAUCCAGUCAACUGCUACAUCUCCAGACCUACAGAGAAGAAUGUGUUCAUUGUCUUCAUGCUAGCAGUAGCAGCGGUGUCACUGUUGCUUAGUAUCGUGGAACUGUAUCAUUUGGCAUGGAAGCAGUUGAGGAAGUAUGUGCACGGAUACAAGGCUUCCAAACAUCGACCAAACACGCCAUCCACCAUGCCUGCACUUUCACCAAAUCCAUCCACCCCAAACAGAGCCUGCACCCCACCUCCAGACUUCAACCAAUGCUUGACCUCGCCACCAUCUUCUCCUAUUCUGCAGACGCACUCGCUUUUACAUCCGACCUGCCCUCCGUUUCACGACCGACUGGCGCACCAGCAGAACUCUGCGAACAUGGUCACCGAACGGCACAGAGGACAAGACUACUUAGGGGUCAACUUCUUGAGCUUCUCACAGACACCUACAGAGACCCCCAACUCCUGUGCCUCACCUUCAUUCCUGAGCAGUGAUUUUGAGGACAAGCGAAGGUUUAGCAAGAGCAGUGGGACCAGCAGCCGCAUGAGACCGGAUGACCUUGCGGUAUAGCACUGGCCAAUCAUAUGUGGAAAUUGGGUUGUCUAGUGUGACUAAAGGCUGAUUUAUACUUCUGCGUCAAGCGCAUGCUCCGGUGCAACCUUUGCACGGUCUAAUAACCCUCGCCGUGGCUGACGCCUCUCAAAAAAAACUUAACUACAUGUUGCAUUGACACAUAGUGCAAGCUCUGUAAUUGGUCGGCUUGGUAGUACUGACAAGCAUGGGAGGUGCUGAGAGCCGCGAGCCUGAUGGAGCGAUUGUUUACAGGUGUCGAGUCCCCUGAUGGAACUUUUGUUUUGUGUUUACCUUAUGAUUAAUGUUGUUGGACGUCUGCCGGUUCCUGCCUCAGAAUGAGCGAGUUUUAGCUACGUGUUUUAACAUCCGUAAAGAAACUCGACACAGAUGAACAUAAAAACCUGAUGCCAGCUAGCAUUUCGGAAUUGUUAUUGCAGAGCAACACAAACAGCGUGCAGAAGUAUAAAUGCACGACUACGCGCAAGGCAGGCGCCGUGUUGUUCACGCCAAUCACUCGACACAGAAGUAUAAAUCAGACUUAAGCCUCAAACAUAAUAUUUGCACUUGACCUGAUUUGAUCUUGACCUUGUCAAACAGACUGAGCCUAAGAGAAAUCGGUUCUUAUAUUUGCACAAUUGUGAGUGAGUGAUGCAUUAAGAGAAAUCAACAUGAAAUCAAAAUGCAAUCUCCUUAAAGCAAUGGUGCCCAAACUCGAUCCUGGAUAUCCUGCAUAGUUUAGCUCCAACUUCCUUCAGCACAGCACCCUGGAAGUUUCUAGUACACCUAGAACGAGCUUGAUUAGCUGAGUCAGGUGUGUCUAAUUGGGAUUGGAACUAAACUUUGCAGGACACUGACCCUCCAGGACCCUGCCUUAAAGGAAUAGUUCAUCCCAAUUGUUUUUAAAUAAAUAACUUCACCGUUUACUUACCCUCAAGUGGUUCCAAGACAUUAUGAGUAUGAUAUUUUGAGGAAUGUUGGAAACCAGUGGCCAAUGACUUCCAUAGUAUUUCCCCCCUACUAUGGAUAUCAAUGGUUAGCUGUUACCUUUUACGCUCAACAAAAGAUAAACUCAAGGAUAGAAGCUAAUGCCGAGUUCAGACUGUACAAUUGUCAAAUAAGUCAUGUCAGAUGUUUACACACUAUAUGAGUAUCUUGGGUGGAAUUCUGUCGCUGCUGUGUUUACACUGUAGGAUGGAUUGGCGACAGGGGAUUUUACACUGCAUGACUUUACAAUAGGAAGAAUCGCUGACAACUUUGUCUUGGCCCUCAAACCCCGUCUCAAAACCAAACACAGGUGAGAAGAGAUAUGGAAACAACACAAGAUCACAUAGAAUAUCUUUUGUUAUUAACUACAUAAUGAGAAAAAAGUCUUUAGUGAGGUAGAAAGUGUACACAUUUUGCUCACCUGGGUUUAAAUGGAAUUAGCAAUUUCUCCUUGACUUUUUUUUAUUUUUCGAUCUGGUUGUGAUAUUGCUCAGAUGACACGUCAUACAGGGUGCACGGGUGCUCCUGCCAAAUUUACACUAGUUUUUCCUCCAUUACUCGGGUACUUAUAGACCGAAAAGAAGCCAUUUUGACUUCUCCCUCAACCUCCUGCUAGCCUGCAGAUACCCAUACUAGUGGAUGCUGUUCUCUCAUUGGCUGUAGGUAAUGGCCAAUGUUAUUUUCAAUCAGAACACAUUUCACACGGCGUGAUUUUGAAUCACAGACAGCUCCUGAUAUUUAGCAUGCCAAAUAGCUCACGGGCAUCGGCGACUCAUCUGCGAUUCUCUUAGAUCGGGUCUCAGAUAUUUCACAGUGUGAUUGUUAAUCACGUGAACGAGCAUUGAUUUGGCUGUGAUUUCAGGCAUUUGACUGGGAUUACUCAAAACCUGUCGGCGAGUCAAAAUCGGGACUAAAAUCUGAACUCGGCAUAAGUAAACGAUGACAGAACUGGGUAAAGCAUUUUUUCACUUUAGAAGUCUGCCUGGUAUUAUUACAAAGUAUUGGGUAGUGCAUGUUCCUGUACAGUAUGAACAUUAUGUAAUGUUCAUCUUCAUUAUCUUCAUCAAAAUGUAGAAACUCUUUCUUCAAAUAACAGUCAAUGAAUAGGAUUGUGUAAAAUCCUGCCUUUUCCCUAUAUAGUUCUUGAAUUAUUUGUAUUUUAAACACGUCAUUGGAUUUUUUUUUUUCAGUGUUUCAUGUUGGUUUACCACUUUUCAUUCACUUUUAUGUUAACCUAUAAUGCACUGUUUUCAUAUUGUUGUGUUUUUUUCACUUUGAAAUGAGAUGUUAUAUUCAUGAAAAUAUCUGGGACUGCUGAAAAGGAGACAUUACUAUUUUGCAGAUCUCAAAUGGAAAACAGACAUCGAAUCAGUCAUUUGAGAUGGACAAUUUUCAUUUUGAGGACUGCACCAGCCCAUUUACAUUGGGUGAAAAAGACAAUGGACACAAAUGUGAUGCAAUGUUAUUGCAAACAUAAGAAACUGCUGUAAAACCAAAGACUGUCAUUCAUAGCAAGGCAGCUCAUGUAAUUUGCAUGCAAUUUGAGUGACUUUAAUAGUGAAAUUGG